AUGAAUUUAGCCGAUUUUCCGCAUAGUUUUAGUUCAAUGGCAGAACGCAAGUCCAUUAAUAACUUAUACUACGAAAUAUACAAAUGGAAAAUGAAACAUGCACCAAAAAAUAUCGGAAAUUUUUGUGAUGGAACUAUGAACGACAGUGACAGAAGCAAACUAGUUCGUUGGCUCAGAAAUCUGGAGGACAAAACAUCAAGUCAAUAUUUGCAAGUAUUGUUUGCCUUCUCCAUACCCGACGAGGAAAGCAUGUUGAAAAUUCAAAGUCUGGGCAAAGCGAUUAUUUCAGCUGGUUCAGGCACUGGUUAUUGGGAGCAUCUUUUGAAGACAUUCUAUGAAGUCGACGUUAUUGCCUUUGAUAACAAUACAACUUAUCCAAUGAAUAUGCAUUACACGACUGUUCUCACUGAAGGGCCGAAAAUACUGGAGAAGUUUGGAGAUCGUGUAUUGCUUCUUGCGUGGCCAGAUAAGGAUGAGCAAAGUCAAUUUUCUCUCGACUGUUUACAUCAUUACCGAGGUGAUAUUAUCAUACAUAUUGGUGAGCUCCACGGCGAAACACUCUCCUCUAAUCCAUGGGGUCAAUCGACGUCGAAACGUUUCCAAUUAGAGAUGGCAAAAUCUUUCCGUUGUCUGUAUCGUCGACGACUUCCAAACUGGCCUGGCUUUAUGGACAGUUUUAGCAUAUGGUGUAGAAUAUCAACACCAGUAGACUGCGAUGGAGGAUUGUUUUGUUACACACCUGAAAUUUAAACAAAUUAUUUAACAUAGCAAUUCACUGAUACGCUACACGGGUGCAGGACAACACCGUGAAAUAAAUUCCGUAAAAUUUAUUAUUUCAUUUUAUUUAUGAUCAAUCGAAUUGUCAAUAAAUCAUUUUUUGCAAUAA